CAGACCACAAGAUGCUGAUCAAAUGGUAAAAGGGGACCUGGUGGAUACGGACAAUAUGUUCCUGCUUUAUCCCGCUUUGAAGUUCAAAAUGGCCAAUUGCGCCCACAAACACGGCAUGGAGCAUGUGUCGCCGGAUGUACUAGAGACCCUUUCAGCCGGACUGCAGCUGCAGAUGACUUCGUUCUUAAAAAGAGUAGUCAAUCUCAGUCACCAUCGCAUCGAUGUGGACAAGACGGCGUUAGAUUUCGACUACGAAGUGACCGGCGAUAACAGGCGGCAGCGAUUGAUCUUCGAGCGCAUGGACAAACAAGCACGCGAAAGGAAACGCGCUGAAGACGAGGAGAUGUUGCAGAAGGCGUCGAAGAGUCGAUCUAAAUUCUCGCAAGCAGAUCCGUCUAUGAUGAUGCUGAAAGAGAAGGCCAAGCAACAACGAGAAGAGAAAGAUGCAACCCAGCGUCACAUGGCCGCGAAUACCACUGCCUUGUUGCAAAUUGGCGGUAUGUUCAAUAAGAAGAAGAAAAAGAGAGCACCCACGCUUAUUAACCACCAACCAGCCACCCCUGGGCCUGCCCCAGACACACCUGGUAAUGCACUGGGCAGAAUAGAGUCUGUGGUCGUAGACCCAGGCACGCCUGCCAGUCCGGGCCUGUAUGGUACUCCGGGUCUCGACGCGGACGGAAAUAUGGAUGAGGAUAAUGAUCACACUGACUUCACUGCUGCUCACCAUCGAUACCAAACGUUGCAAGCCAAAUCAGUGAAAGGGGCACUCACCAAAGUAGAGGUGCGAGAGAUGAAAGAACUGCAAGGCAAGAUCAAUAUAGGCGGAGGCGCAGGGGGUGAGCGUACGCUGAUACACCGGCGGUCGGGAAUGAUACACCAGAAACGUAAGAUGACCAUGACUGACCUCAUACACUGCGUCAACCAGGACCGGUUACUCAACAAAAGUUUAUGGGCUAGCAAACUCAAGCUAUCGCAUGGAUUGAAGUAGAUAAAUUUAUUUUUGUUUACAAAUAAUCUGGUGAAGAAUACGGCAGAGUAUACUGCAGCACUUCAAAGAGAAUAUAUAGGUCGACUGUGUCAGCCUAUUAAUCAUUAUCUGUACAUUAGAAUUGAUCGCC